AUGUAUGUAAUUUUAUAUUUUGAACUGCUUUUGGAACAAUUUCAGAAAGUCGAUGACACCAAUAUACAAAAGCUGAGUCGUGCAUACUUAAGAAAUAGUAUUGGCCUUGUUGGGCAGGAGCCAAUCCUAUUUAAAGGCACAAUUAUGGAAAACAUCACAUUGGGACUGAAAAACGUAAACAUAGAAGAAAUUCGCAAGAUAUGCCGACAAGCGAACGCUGCGGACUUUAUUGAAGCAUUUCCAGAGGGCUAUGACACGGACGUUGGCGAGAAAGGCGGGAAUUUGUCCGGUGGUCAAAAGCAACGAAUAGCUAUUGCUAGAGCCUUAUUUCGUAAGCCGAAAUUUUUAUUGCUUGACGAGGCCACCAGUGCACUCGACACGGAAAGUGAAAAAAUUAUACAAUCGGCACUUAACGAGGCGAGCCAAGGACGUACCACUAUAGCCAUCGCUCAUAGGUUGAGUACAAUCAGAGAUGCAGACAGAAUUUAUUACAUUGAAAAUGGCUCUGUAGUUGAAUAUGGGACACAUGAAGAAUUGAUAGAAGCGGAUGGAAAAUAUGCAGCACUUGUUAAAACUCAAACGCUAAGCAAGAAUGAUUAA